ACAUAUUAGUGAUGGCAUGUAAAAGCAGAAGUUUCGAUUAAUUAUUGGUGAAAUAACUUUGCAUUUGAACUCGUCGUUUUGUUUUUUUAUAUCGCUAAAUUGCAUAUUUAAACUGCGGAACUACUUUUGCGCACCUUCGGUUGCAGUCGAGCUUAGAUUUGUACCGACGUGCUUUUAUUUUGAAGAAGAAAAAAAAGUUAUACCGGAAGUAGUCUAUUGACUCUUGCUGUUGGCGGAAGUCGGUCGUUAAGUUUUGUAUCGCGUAGCUAGCAGUUAGCUACACGGUAGCUCGCGUCAAAUGCAGCGGUUUUAUUUGUACUUUCUUCUUCUUUCUCCGUCGCCAUGAACAGGGCGCAGCUGAAGCGGUCCGGCAUCUUGAGGAUGGCGCUCGCCGGCUCGGAGUCGACGGACCCGGACGGUCCCCACGGAGACACCUUCGUCCUGCGGGCUGUCAAAAUAGGAGCCGUGGUCGCGGCGUACUGGUUCGUCUCCAUCACGAUGGUGUUCCUCAACAACUACCUGCUGGACAACCGGGACCUGGACGCGCCGCUGCUCAUCACCUUCUACCAGUGCCUGGUGACGGUGGCGCUGUGCUGGCUCAUGCAGCUACUGUCGCGGCUGUGCCCGGGGCUCAUCGACUUCCCCGCGGUCCGGUUCGACCCCAAGACGUCCCGGGAGGUGCUGCCGCUGUCCGUCGUGUUCAUCGCCAUGAUCACCUUCAACAACCUGUGCCUGAAGCACGUGGGCGUGGCCUUCUACACGGUGGGCCGGUCGCUUAGCACCGUGUUCAACGUGCUGCUGUCCUACGUCAUCCUGAAGCAAACCACUUCGCUGCAAGCCAUCGUGUGCUGCGGGAUCAUACUGGGUGGAUUCUGGCUCGGCGUGGACCAGGAAGGCUUGACGGGGUCCCUCUCCUGGACGGGCGUCUUCUUCGGCGUGUUGGCCAGCGCCUGCGUCUCUCUGAACGCCAUCUUCACCAAGAAGGUGAUGCCGGCGGUGGACGGAAACAUCUGGAAGCUGUCCUACUACAACAACAUCAACGCCUGCGUCCUCUUCCUGCCGCUCAUCAUCAUCUCCGGAGACCUGGGCCGCCUGGCCGCCUUCACCCACCUCGGCAACCUCAGGUUCUGGGGCAUGAUGACGCUGGGCGGCGUGUUCGGCUUCGCCAUCGGCUACGUCACGGGCCUGCAGAUCAAGUUCACCAGCCCGCUGACGCACAACGUCUCGGGGACGGCGAAGGCCUGCGCGCAGACCGUCAUCGCGGUGGUGUACAACUCCUCCAGCAAGAGCCUGCUGUGGUGGACGAGCAACAUGAUGGUGCUCGGCGGCUCGUCGGCCUACACCUGGGUCAAAAGUCUGGAAAUGAAGAAGUCCCCCCACAGAGACGCUCCUCCGGACCCCGCCAAGGAGAAACUGCUGGAGGCGGAGAAAGACGGCGUAGGAGUGUAACUUAAACAUUUUUUAAACUUAGCAACUUUUAUCUGUGUGGUGAGAAAAUGUGAAAUAAUGCAACACGUGGCUGAUCGGGGAUUUGAAGUGACGCACACAUGGAAUAGAUUUUAAUAGUCUUGUGGUUUUUUUUAUACAGUUUUAUUUGAGGCCUGAUGGAAUUUGUAUAUAUAAAUAUAUAUAUAUUUUUAUUUUAAACUAUUCACAUGCGUUUAGGGCCUGUUUUUUUUUUUUUUUUUUUUUUAAAUACAAUCGCUUUGAUUGAACAAUUGAAUAAUGUGUCUUAUAUGGUCCAAAGUGUUUUUAUUCAUAGGGAGGGUAUAUUUACUCAUAUUGGGGUUAUUGGAGUCGUAUAGCGACAAAAAGUGACUUUUAAAUUCUGAUUCCACAGAUUGUAUUUUGUGGGCUUUGUGAAACAUACACGUGUAUGUUCCUUUAAGGAUCGCGUGGUGGCCUCUGGCAUACGGAAGGAUCUGUAGUAUCAUGUGUGGUAACGUAACCUAGGUAACCUGACCUUGGUAAUCAAAACAUUGUGUAUGUUCCUUUAAGGAUCGCGUGGUGGCCUCUGGCAUACGGAAGGAUCUGUAGUAUCAUGUGUGGUAACGUAACCUAGGUAACCUGACCUCGGUAAUCAAAACCUCGUGUCAGUGGGACUUGCGUACAACAGGCCCCCUUUUUGUUUGUUUUUUUUAUCCAUAAAGUAAACGCUACAUUUGCUCCAGCGCAAUUUUUUUUCUAUAUUGUCAGCCCAGACGAUGCUGUCGAGUGUAUGGAAACAUAUUUGCAUUUCAAGCGUGCCGUCGGUGUCUUUAUUAUGUUGUGGAAGUCUUAGUUUGCACUGGAGGGGAGGAAGGGGGGGGGGCUCAUUUUACACAAAGCAUUAAAGCUGCUGCACAAUU